AUGGAGAAAUGGAACCAAACUUCAAGUGACUUUAUUUUAAUGGGGUUGUUUCCCCCAAAUCAGAAAGGUCUACUUCCCUUGCUUCUGAUCAUUUCUGUAUUUGUUUUUGCCUGUUUGGGGAACUCAGGAAUGACUGCCCUCAUCUUCCUGGACCCCCGGCUCCAUACCCCCAUGUACUUUCUCCUCAGCCAGCUCUCCCUCAUGGACCUGAUGUUCAUCUCCACCACUGUCCCCAAGAUGGCAUACAACUUCCUAUCUGACCAGAAGAGCAUCUCCUUCCUGGGCUGUGGCAUACAAAGCUUCUUCUUCGUGACCAUGGCCGGUUCUGAAGGUUUAAUCCUAGCCUCUAUGGCCUAUGACCGCUUUGUGGCCAUCUGCCACCCACUCCACUAUCCCAUUCGCAUGAGUAAAAGGAUUUGUUUGAAGUUGAUCAUAGGAACCUGGAUACUGGGCUCCAUCAACUCCCUGGCACAUACCAUGUAUGCGCUUCAUCUUCCUUAUUGCAGGUCCAGGGCCAUCAAUCACUUCUAUUGUGACAUCCCAGCCAUGUUACCUCUGGCCUGUGUGGACACCUGGGUCUAUGAGUACAUGGUAUUUGUGAGCACAAGUCUGUUUCUCCUUGUCCCUUUCCUUGGCAUCACUGCCUCAUAUGGACGGGUCCUUCUUGCUGUCUUCCAUAUGCACUCAAAAGAGGGAAGAAGAAAAGCCUUCACCACAUGCUCCACACAUAUAACUGUGGUGAUAUUUUACUAUGCACCUUUUGUCUAUACUUAUCUCCGGCCCAGGAGUCUUCGCUCACCAGGAGAGGAUAAGAACCUGGCUGUCUUCUACACCAUUCUCACCCCCAUGCUCAAUCCCAUCAUCUACAGCCUGAGGAACAAGGAGGUCUUAGGGGCCAUGAGAAGAGUGUGUGGGAUGUUCUGUUCCACGAAGAAAUGA